AUGUUGCGCGCCACCGACGCUGCCGGUUCCAACAGGUCGGGCAGCCGAGCUGGGAUGAGCGGCAAGUUUUCUCUCUCCAACCUCUCGCUCAAGAGCGCAGACGGCAGGUCGGGCGCUCGUACACCCAAGAACGCUCAUCGUCAGUUCAAUAGCGCUUCAACUUCAAGGUAUAGCAACGCUCGUACCUCUAACGUUUCCAUCCCCAAAUCCACCGAUGGCAACAACAUCGCUCAACUCUAUGCCGUUUUCGGUCUUCCAAAGGACCCUGCCGUCUGGACCUUGGCCGAAGAGGAUUGCACCAAUGGCGUACACCACAUUGAAAACGCCGUCGGCCGCUUCUGGCGUCCCGAGGUGCUCGGCUGCUCCAUUUGUCCGCCUCUUAACCCAGUCGAUGAGCAGCCUGCAAAGGCCCCUCUCUCUCCCGCCAGCACCUCUGAAAAGAAGGAUGCAAAGACCAGCGCUUGGGGUUCCGACAAAAAGAACGGCUCAAACCCAAAGUUUAUCGAAAUGGCCGACGGUCGCGGCGGCAUAGAGCGAGCAGAGACCGCUCGUGUCCUCUCAAAAGCGCUCAAACUCUCUUUCACUCGCGAGAUCGAGAUCUCCUCUGGUCCCGUCCACUUUCCUCCCUCGUCUACCUCGCACACCUUUUCCUUCAGCGUCCCCACCGUAAAGUCGUCUGCAUCAGGAGGCGCCGCGCGCCCCUCGACAGACGUGCGCAAGGCCACCGCUCCCUUCUCGGUUGGCGCUGCCAACGUCCACAAUGUGCGCUCCUUCUCCGCCGUCGGCGAGGGUUUUGGCCUUGAAGGCGUCUCGUCUCGUCUCGCUGCCGGUACCACGUCGGCCGGCGAAGAUACUCCCAGCGUAGCCACCUUUUACGGCUCGGUCCUCACCGUAUGGAGUGCAGCCGACGAGAAGCGAGCAAAAGCCAUCCGCAAAGAGCUCUCCCGACUCGCAAAGGCGCGCGCCAACGGCCGUAGCGGUGUCAACAAGAGCAUCAACAAUCAAGGCGAAGACAUCGAAGAAGACUUUGAAGCCACCAGCGCUUUGGGUCACUCGCUCCUACCAGACAACAACGCCUUCUUCAUGCCUUACGCUAUCUGCAUCGUCUCCCGUUAUCCCAUCUACAAUUUGCUCGGCGACUGGAACAAGGCCGCCUGGUUCAAGUACAGCCGCAACAUUGAGAUGCACAACAGGCUCAUGGCAGCCAUCCUCCGUCAUCCAGCACCUCGCAUCGGUGAAACCUUCCGUCUCAAGUCGCCAGAUGAAGAUCUUUCCUUCAUCUGCACUUUCCCAGGUGCCAUCGAUUGGGGCAGAGGUUUGCUCGGCAUCGACUUUUCCAUGUGGCCCCUCUUCAAGACGCUUUCCAUCGACAAUGUACUCACCAUCUGUGAGAUCGCCUUGGCACCCGCUGGCCGCAUCCUCUUCAUGUCGCGCCAUCCUGCCCUCCUGGGCAUGGCCGUCGAGACGAUCAAGUACCUGGUAGAGCUGUGUGGCUGGAAAGGCGUUGCACACCAGAACUGUCACGCAAGAGAUGUUCGCAUCUAUCUCGAGGACCCAGGCUCUUGGCUCAUCGCCAUCAACACGGAAUUGCGCAGCAUCAUUAAGCCCGCUCAAGAAGUCUGCGUCGUCGACCUGGACAUCAACUUUGUCAACUGCCCGCGCCCACCUCUCAAGGCUCCUAGCAAGGGAACGGCACGAGACAAGAAGCGCAGAAAACUCAUUACAGCUCUCGGCUUCUCUUCCGCCGACUACACCAUCCCGCGCGAGUACGUCGAGGCUUUCCCCAGCGGUCGCUUCCGUCCGCUCAGCAAGGUCGAGUCUUCGUCGCGCGAUGCACCGUAUGAACACCUUGAUACGCCGUCUUGGUGGGACCAUGGCGCGCUUGUCGGUGUAUUCGAUCAGGUUUUGCACGAGGGUACCAAGCCGAGCUUCCUUAAAAAGUUCCUGCGCAUGCGUACCGAAAGCCAAUUGGUUGCCUCUGAGACCGAGCAAGCGGCUGUACUUGCGCUGCGCAAGAGGGCAAGUACCUUUGUCGACGCUCGCGACGGUCUCGAGAACAAGAUUGGCAGGCUCAACAAGCGACUCGCCUUCCUCAUGAGCGAAGGCGAGAUGUGGCGACAGCAGUUUGACAAGAUUCAGCAACUCGUCGAUCGACUCACCCGCGAAGCCAGCGAUCUCCGGAUCAAGCUCGACAAGGAGCGCAGAGAGUCAAAGAGGCUCACGUCGACUCUGCAGCAAAGAGACAUGGACUAUGUACAAGCGCAAAUCCAGCUGCGUGAGACCGAACAGGCACGUGAAAAGGCACAGAACGAGUUAUUGCGCAUGCGCACCGCCAUGGACAACCUCGAAUCCGAGCGCGAAGCCAUGAUGGACGAGAUUCGCAACGUUCUGAGCAGCACCGGGGCCGAAGAAUUCGGCAUGUCCUCACUCAACAACCUGCAGAGCUUGACGCAGAAUUUUGGCCGUGUUGACUCGCCCGCUGCCAGUGACGCAAGCCACAACACCGAGAUGCACGUCCUCAAGGCCCGUGCUCUGGCCGAACAGCGUAUUUCAAUGGGCCAGCCACAAAUCAACGGUCAGGCCAGGAAGUUGCCACUUGUCGCUCCCUCUACCAAUGGUCACACCGAGCCUGUCGACGCCAACGCCAAUGCCAACGGCACCUCCUCCAAUCACUUCCCCGACGAGCAGAUGAACAACGAGAUCCAGAAGCGAACAACCGCUGUCACAGAUCAGAUUGCCAAGAUCCAGCAGCAGCUCGAGUCGACCCUCACACAGCUCGAGGGUCGACGAUCUGCCACAUUCGAGCGUCGUCGUCGUUUGUCGUCCUCCUCGAUCGGAAGCGCUCGAUACGAGCACGGGCCGGCUUCGAGCAUUGGACAUCACAACGCCGUUGCCUCGAGCAUCGGCCAUGGCCAAGCUUUGGAUAUCAACGACCGAGCCAACCAGGCCAGCAUGUCAGAAGAGGUCGAGACGAUGGACGGAAACCAUUCUGGCGUAUUUUCACGUCGCCAGCGUGCCGGCUCUUCGGCCAAUCACAGUUCUUCUGCUCGCUCCAAUUAUCUUGCUCCAAGUGCGCCAGCGCUUACACCAAAAAGCCCUGCCCGUUCCCGAGGUGUCUCGCUGGGAUCGACCAAUGCCGCACACACCGAGAACAGCUCUACGGAAGCGAACGGCCACGCCACGUCUUCUCCGCCGAGCGAAGUGCAGGCAGAACCAGAAGCCGCCAAGACUGCUGAAGCGUCGCCCUCGGUGCCUGCAGUGGUCGGAAGCGCUGCAGCUACAGGAGUAGCAGCGGCCAUUGUCGGUGCUGCCGUGUCGCCUGCCGCCGCCGCUGAAGGCGCGCAAAUUCAGGUCAAAAGCGUCGCGGUCCAAGGUGAUGAAGCUUCUGGCGAUCGCAACAGGCCAACGCCUGAGCUUGCUGGGAACCAGGCGAGCGAGGAUGUGGACAUGUCCAAGAAGCUCGACGAGCUAGAUCUGUGCUCGGACUUAAAGACGGUGAACGCAAACGAUGACGACGAUGGGUCGGACGAGGCUCUUAACAUGUUUGAAGAGCCCGAAGAUUUUCGACCCAAGACGCCGCCGCCCACGGUUACGUACUACGAAUUCCCGGGUACGUCGUCCAAGGUGACGCUGAACCUGGUCGGUUCGCAUCCGUUGUGGGGCCACUUGGCGUGGAAUGCGAGCUUUAUCCUUUCGGAUUUCUUGUGCGCGCAUGCACUCACGCUGUUGAAAGGGAAACGUGUGCUCGAGCUGGGCGCAGCGGCGGGCUUGCCGAGUAUCGUGUGCAACUGGGCAUCGGCGUCGCACGUGGUGGCGACCGACUAUCCGGACAAGUUGCUGAUCGACAAUUUGACCAAAAACGUAGUGCUCAACUGUCAAGACGAGUCGUCUGCACUGCGAGGCGCGGGCAAGACAUUUGUUGAAGGAUAUAUCUGGGGCCGCGAUCCGUCGAGUCUGCUUGAAAAAGUGUCGGAAGCGGGCAAGCCGGGCAAGUUCGACUUGAUCCUGCUCUCAGACCUGGUGUUCAACCAUCAGGCGCAUCCGGCGUUGCUCGAGACGUGCGAGAUGUGUCUGGCGGAUGCGGACGAGGGUGCGCAUGUGGAAGCUUGCCUCACGACGCCGUGCGUGCUGGUCUUUUUCACUCACCACCGUCCGCAUUUGGCGUACAAGGAUAUGCAGUUCUUCGAUAUGGCCGAAGUAAAGGGUUGGAAAUUCGAGGAACUCGGCGAGUGGUUCCGCCAGCCCAUGUUCCCGCAAGAUCCAGGCGAUGAGGUCGUCAGAUCUACCAUUCAUGGUUUCCGGUUAUGGAGAGCGUGA